UAUCAACCCCAUUAAAUCAUUCUCUUGUAUCACCGCACGCCGUAACCCACCACGACGCAUGGCUCUUGGCCGCCCCGCCACCUCUCCCGGAUUUGUUCGUUAUGCAUCAAGGCUCAUCGACUCGAGAAAAGCGGCUCUCGUCAUUUUCAGUUGUGUGGGUGUGAGGAACCAUCACAUUGACUUUCCCCUCUUUAUGAAACAUGUCCCCUCACAGAAAGAGUGCCGGUGCCGAUGUGACAGUCUGCACCAGCAUCGGAGCUGCACACUCAGGUGAUCUUGGCAUUUUCUCGCCUCUUCAUCACAAGCGUCAGAAAAAAAAAAUCCGGGCAAGACGAAGAAAUUCAGCCUAUAUCGUCAUGAAGACGACAAUCGACCUUCCGGAACUACCGCCAUAUUCACAAAUCUUGCGUAUGUUUUGCAUGCUAGCCCAGGGAAAGGCGGCUUGUCAUUUAGGACUUGGCGAGUCUGGGUUACAUGUUACCAAUGUUACAAAUCUCCGAAAGAAUUCGUACAGAAACUCUCUCCUUCCGUCAUUUUCGACAGGACCAGGGCACCACCUCCCCGUCACCUCAUCGGGUCUUCUUACCCAACGGGUACGCCUCCAGCGCUUGCCCGGCUCAAAUCUCGAAAGCCGACUUCCAACAAAAGCCAAAACCGCACUGGGGUCUCCGCCAGGGCUGAGAUUGCCGCCAGAAGAAAGAAAAGGCCAAGGAAAAAAACCCAAAAAGCCCAAGCAUUACAUCCAUUCCCACAUGGCGGAGGGAAGGAUGCAAGCGCGAGCGCUUAACUUUUUGGUCAAGUUGAUGACGGAUGCCGUUGGUCAAGACUGAUUGUUUUCAGCACCGGCUUCCUGAAAUCCUACCAGCCGCAACCGCCCUCUGACUUUGACGAUUGAUCGCCCUUGCAGUUGAGAACCUCAAUGGAAAGAACAAAAAAAAGAGCAAUACGGGGAUAAAUAUG